AUCCGUUGUGUCCUACGAUUUUAAUCCGCAGAAACAAUAAAUAGUUCCGCUUAAUGUCGAUAAAAGAUUCGUUUGUAACAGAAGAAGCCCCCCCCCUCCAAAGCACAGAGCAGGUAGCAGUACGCCACAGAGCAAAAACAGGACAGCAGCAACAGAAAAAAGUACUAACGGACUGUCUGGAGAGUCGGUGCAUCCACACCAAGGAGGAAGAAGGAGGCCCUUAAAGAAGUUAACAUUCAGAGGAAUCAUGAUCAUCUGACCCCCUGGUUGCGCUUUGUCCACCUCAGCAGGCUCAACGAAAAAAACAUGUUCAGCUUCUUCGGACGCAAGGACUCAAAGAAGUCCCCAUCUGACAAGGAAGCGGAUGGAGGCUUUGUGAUUGUGGGAGAGAUCGCUAGCGAACAAAAGCAGAGGAUUCAGACCGUAAACAUUGCACAGCCCUCAACAAAUGUCAUAGUCCAACCAUCAAAGUCACUGUAUCCAGCUCCUUCUCAACCAGCUGAAAACAAACCCCCAACAGCCUUGCUUCAUGUGGGGCCAGCAGGCGGCCCUCCAGCUGUGGAAGUCACUUCGGCCCUCCCAGAUCUGCUGGGAGACGUCCCCUUCAUGUUAGCCCCUCAUGUCCUGGCCAUGCAGGCCGGGUCCAACAGGGUCCCCGAUGUCCUGCUGUCCAGAGACAUAAACUACAACCUGGCUAGUUUCCAGUAUGACUUCACUUUAGAGAACUCUGUGCUCCACAACAGUUAGUCUGUUUGGGUGUUGACAUCAUCCCGAGUUCCCACUUUGGGAAAGUGGCUGAUUCACACUUCAGAGUUAAACUCAUCCAAGAGUAAAAUUAAACAUCUUCAAUCAGCUGCAGAGAACUGUAGAGCUUUCCAUUUCUUUAGAUGGCUCCUUAUUCCUUUUUAGGCUUAAAAUAGAAAAUAAGCGGUUUGGGUUUUCCCACAAGGUUAUUUGAGAGAAGCUCAGUUUCCUUAACAGUUAAGUUACCUUGGUCAAAACGUUGGCAUGGGCCACAAUUGAUGCAAUCAUAUGGUCUGAUGGUUCAGGCGCUUCACUGACACUUUGUACAGCAUGUUUCACUGCUGCUGUCUAAUUUGUUCCAGGAAAAAAAAGUGAUGUUUAAUCAAACACUGGCUGCAGUUGGUGAACUUUGUCCUCGUCUUGUCUGAUAAAAGAUUUGAUCUCGACUCAUGUUUUAGCAAUGUGAAGGUUUGAGUAUUGGUCCUUGUGCUACAAACACGCCACUGUCCCAAGAUGUCGGGGCAAGUAAAAAGGAAAUGCAUUCAAGCUGUUAUCCACCUGUUACCUGUAGGUAAAUAAAUUAGUUUUAAAAAAAGUCUGAAUCAGCUCUAAUCACCAAGUUGUUUCAUGCAACAAUUAAUGACUUUGGUUCCACUUUGUUCUCAAUGAAGACCUUUUAGUACAAAUAUACAAAAAAGAAAAAUAUAAAUAUUUUUCUUGCAAAUAUUUUUACACAAAAACUUGUCAAACAAAUCGGAGGAGAAUGCAAAUUAACACUGGAAUAAUAACGAAAAAAAAUAUCAUGUUAUAUUUAAAGUGAAUUAUGUAGCAAAAUGAAGGUUUAUUUCCCACUGAUGUUUACCUUUUCCCUCUGCAGUCUUUUUUUAUUAUCCAGCGUUGUAAGUUUUUCGUUUGUGUGCUUUUCUCCUGUAAAUAUAAGGCCAGUGUACUGUCAGGACGGCAUACAUUGUCAGAACGGCAUCGGUAUAUUUAAACCUGAAAAGUAAAUCGAAGCAAAUCCUCGCACAAAAGUUUUUUACUACAAAAAGCAACUUGAAUUAUAAAUUAAUUUAGCAUUAUAAUGUUUUAUUUAUUGAGGCUUCUUCUCUCAAUGUCCCUGAAACUUCACUUGUGUCUGGCAAUUUCUACUUUCAAAAAAUAAAAUUUCAGUCAAAACUGAUUUUCUCCUUCAAAAAUGAAAAUAAUCCUCAUGUAUUCCGUUUUUGCUGGUCGGUAUGCUGCUGCUCAAAUUGAAAUCUGGUGAAUAACGCAUUGGAGAAACGCAUGCCAAUCUGACGACGUAUGCUGUUCUGACAGAGCACCAGCUUAUCUCCAGGAGAAGUUAGUUAAAUGCACAUGCUGUUUAGUUCAGGCCCAGGUUUAUCUCUGCAGUCGUGGAGUAAUGGCAGCAUGUGGACUCCAGGAGUGGAACUGGGUUGUACUAUCAUGAUGAUUAUUUUCGGCACUUUAACUGACGUCAACAGCAGAGCUGUACCGUUUUUUUUUGUUUUUUUUAUUCAAGUCUCCUGCUUCAGCUAAUUUUAGCGAGAAGAUUGUUUUCAUGCUAAGCGAUUUCCUUUUAAAACCUUCGUUUUAAAGGAAAUCGCCAGAGAAAUGUUGUUCUCUGGUGGAUGAGUUUAGCAAUCUUCAGCAAGCCGUUUCUUUCCAAAUGAAGACUCCUCUACCACCUGUGCCUUUAACAUGCAGGCUACCCAAUAAAAUCUUUUCCUUGUACCAAUUGA